CGCGUCCAGCAAAACACUAGAAAAAGCCCACCGCCCUCUCCACAACGUACACAUUUCCCGCGCCGCCCGAAGAACCAUGUCACAGUCAACGGUUGCACACACAGCAUUACGAUGAAAGGUGCUGAUUUCGGCAAGGCCAUUGGUAUCGACAGGCCCGCCAACGUAAAAGACAAGAUCAAGAAAUGGCAGACCGAGCUCAAUGCAGAGCCCGAGAGCGCCCUCGACGCUGCGUCCCCCGCGGCGCAACCCAAACCUCCACCGUCGCCCAGGCCGCCCUCGACGCCCAAAGCAAAGCCCCUCGACGAGAAACCGAGUCCGAAGCCAGCCAUCACAGCAGCCAAGCCGGCCGAAGCCACCCCGGAGCGUCCGAAGAGCGCGAAGAAGCCGCCGCCUGUGCACAACCCGCUCGACGAGGAAGUCCUCAUCGCGACCGCGCCUAAGAAGCGCGUUGUGAGUGAUUCCCAUUGGCGCAACAAGAACUCACCGCCCAAAAACCCGACAAGCAAGCCCUCUCCCAAGCAGCUGCCCACCGCCUGGGUACGCCCGGCUGCGCGCAAGGCUUUGGAGAAGGCAGAAGAGGAGGCCAAGGACAAGGACAAGGACAAGGAUGAGAAACAGAAAGCAAAACCCAAAAGCCCGCCACUAGCGCCCAACCCGCUUCUCAUAUUCACCCCGAGGAUCACGCCACAAGCUCAACGCGCGCGAGCCCAGCGGCAGAGGAGGUUGUCGCGCCCCAACAGUGCUGGAAACGAUGAGCGCCCGACCAGCAGCGGGUCUGGGAGCGGGAAGCAUCCUAAAAGCGGGGACGAGGGAGCGGUGUCGCAGGCUUCUCCUUCGCCAGAGAAGGAUAAGACUGAGAUGAUAAGAGUGCGAAGGCGGCCCCGCGCGCGGACAUCGCCCCGGGGCUCGUUGUCCGCGAGUGAAGUCACACCCGUGAAGAUACGUACAUUCCACAAAUCUGAGACGGCACUCAGUGAGGACCCAGCAAACUUGAUCACGGUCGAAUACGAACCGAGCGAGUCCGAGGCGGCGGUUCGCGAUGCAAUCCGGGAGAGAAGACGAAAGAGCAGGAGGGGCCGGCUCAGCGACGUCUCGGGGGAGUCUUCCCCUGAUGUUAGGGCCGCCGAAGAGAAGCGUAAGCCACGGAGGAAAUCAUAUCACAAUGACGCGCAAGAAACUCCACCGAGACCAGCGGACCCAGUGGUACCUGCAACGCCCCCGCAGAAGCUAGGAAGCCGCCUUGAAAUGUGGUUGCAAACGACCCCUGAUCCAUUUGAUGAUAAAGACUCCCAACGUCGGCGGAAGUCGAAAGAGUCCAUCUCUACGUUGGAACUACCUUCGGCUGGUGAGAGAUCGGAUGUGAGCGCAAAUACUGACACCAAGGAGCCUCCAGCUGAAGAAGAGCGACCCCGGACGACCGACAGUCGGCGCCGAAGGAAAAAGAGGAGCUCCCCAGUACCGAUAGAGACACCUGAAAAGGAGGAAUUAUCAGUGGUGUCGUCAAUCGACUCUACAGAGCCAUCGACUGUUUUUAAGGACAGUGAAUUGACACCUACGCCAACCCUCAAACGCCGCGGUGCGAGACGAACCCAACAUUCGCCGACGAAGGAACGCGUCAUGUCGCUUCCCGCUCGCGAACUAUCAGAGAAAGACGAGGAAGCUGCGUCGGCUGCCCCGUCCUCUUCCGUAGACUCGCAGGCACUGGACCUUGAUAAGGUCACCCUUGGUGCACCUUACGAAAGCCCAGCGAUGCGACGACUAUUCCCAUCGACAGGGAAGCGUCUUUCCACAAUUGUGUCCAUGGACACGUUUGCGACAAACAAUCAGCAAGCCCCAACCUCGGACGCUGCAGAAUCUGAGCUUACAGAAUCGGUAGUCGACGGAGGCAUGAAAGAUACAACUGCACCAGAAGUAGCAUCACAGCUUCGCGCAGAGACUUCGACGAUUGUCAGCCGCAAGAGCACAAAGCGCAGUAGGCUUGCGAGUCACGCGGACUUGAUUUCGGUGUUGUCCAUGCCCAAGGCAGGCACGAGGAGUAUCGUGUCCGCGCGGAGCAUCAGAACAAACAGGAGCCGCUUGGCUACUGCCACAAUCGGUGAUAUCAUGAACGAGCUUGCUUCGGACGAGAGCAAAUACAUGCGCGAGCUCCGCACCCUUGUUGAUGGUGUCAUUCCUGUCCUCCUCAGCUGUGUUUUGUCCAAAUCUGACUCAGCCGUUGCUGCUGGACUUUUCAGCAAGUCAUCAAGCACGGAUCCAAGCGACGUUACGAAGCCCAUCGUCGACAUGGGGGUUUCUCUCGAGCGCCUGAAGACGCUACACAAACGGAUCCCCAAGGAAGACUCUGAUGCAUUCCUGUCGUGGGCACAAAGUGCACAACGAGUGUACAGCGAUUACAUUGCCGCAUGGCGUCUUGGAUUCCAGGAUGUAGUCAUCAGUCUCGCUUCUGCUGACGAGGAUCCAUUCAAGCCAGCUAGGGUUGUGAAAGGACCUGAGGAUGGAGCACCGUGGGAUGAGGGUAUGCCUCGCAACGCAGAAGGCUAUGUGGUCAACGGUGACGGCGAGCGCGUCGACGUAGCAUACAUGCUCAAACGCCCCUUGGUUCGCUUGAAGUACCUCGCCAAGACCAUCAAGGGUCUCAACCAUCUCAAGCCCACGGAACGAUCGGAGAAGAUGAUGGCAGUCUUCCAAGAACUUGUCUCCACAGCUCGCAAGCGCUCCAACGAUGAGCACGCACGCCUUGAAGACGAAGCUGCAGCGAAUAUCGAUCCUACACGCUCGCGCGAUCCCCGCAGUCUCGCCCCUCUCGCAGGCGUUCGUGUCGACCGGAACCGGUGUGUACGCGCUAGAGACCAUUUCGAUCUACACCUAUAUCAUUCCAGUGGACAGGAGGUCAACUGCCGUGUCGAAGUGCUCCUCCGAGACGAUGCCCCGGGACAUGGCGACAGUGGAGAUCUUCUGAUCUGCGAAGUGGGUAACGCGGAACGCUGGCUACUGUUGCCACCUAUUCAACUGAACCGUAUAUCCGCCCGGAAUGGGGACCGAGAGGGUGAGAUCAUAGUGAUGAUCAGAGGUUAUCACGCCGGCGGCAAUGAGUGGAGUGAAGUGAUGUCUCUGACGAUAGACGACGAGCAAGCUGGAUUUGAGUGGGUGCAGAUGCUCGGCCUUACCCCAAUUCCUCCUCAGCUGUCUGAGCUUGCGCGAGAUAUACUACCCCAGAAAACGCCACGUCCGACAAGCAGCAACGCCUCUUCCUCCCUGGUUUCGGCAGCAACUGGAUCCACCCCGCCACACAAGAGCCGCACUCCUAGCCCCCAUGAGAUUGAAGUUCCCAUUGGCGAGCAGGCUCUUGUUACAUCAAAGCGUUGGAGUUUUGAUACGCCAGAUCGGCAGCGACACUCACGAACUGUCUCUCCGAUUACUCCACCAAGCAGCGAUGUCCUUACUGCCGCCCAACCGCGUCCCUUGUCCCCGUCGUCACCUCUGGGGGUUCAGAAACGUGGCGCGAAGGCCACAUCUCCACGCCGAGAAGAGGAAGAUCCAAGCCAACGUACGCCACGAAGUCUGAACGACGCUUUGCAACUCGCCUCGAGUGGCUCUCCGUCGAGUCUACGGCGCGCGAAAGCGCAUAGGCGAUCCAAGACCAUAUCUUCGCCCUCGGAAUCUCGCCCUUCGAGACAGAUUACGCUAGAUGAUCCCAUUGAGGAGGAGCCGGUGCAGGAGAUGAAGCCUCCCAGGAAGAUGUCUAAGCGCCGACAAUCUGAGCAGCCACAUUCGACAACCUCGUCAAUGCUGUCUCAGUCAAGCAAGGGCUUCAGCGUCUGGCUGCCUACGUCGUCCGAAAUCGAUCAAGAUUAUUCGGAUGAAUCUGAGGAAGACGAUCACUCCGACCGUUCUGUAGACGACGACCAUGAACCUCCCGUACGGCCUCUUGUGCAUCGACGCGCAUCUUCAGUGCCGACAUUGGACAUGCCGACCAUUCCGAGAUUACGCAAGUCUAGCGGGCCUUCCACUCCUGUAAAAGCCGACGAGCGGAGCAAAAGCCCGGAACCACCCGCGUCGGCACCUUCAAAAUUCGAUGAAGGGCGGAAAAUAAUUGAUGAAGACCCUGCAGCUACAGCUGUGGACGAUGAGCCGCCUCCACCUCCACCGCAUCGGUCGAAAACCCCAACAACACCCAUCACUCUGAAAGGAUCCAACACUCCAGUGCUCACACCCACUCUUGGUGGUGUCAGGAACAAACGACGGUCGUCGUCCCCACUCAAACAUGAAUAUGAGCCUUCGACUUGCUCAGAGACGUCAAGCGAAAGCGAAGAAGAGGUAUCCGAGACGGAGGAAUCAGCAACUUCGGAGUCCUCCGAGGAUGAGCUCGAAGAUGACGUUCCUACACCGUUGCUGCCGCUAGCUCAGCUGCCUCAACCAAAGCAAUUCCCCAAGGUGUCACCUCCUGGCUCAAUAUACACGCUCCCUAAUGGGACGAUCACGCCUUCUCAGUCAGCAUCAAACACUCCAUAUAGAACAGUACCUCAAGAUUCUGUCCAAGCAUCCAAAGCUAUAGCGUCUAUCUUCACGUGGUCGGAUGCUGGUAGAUGGGAUAGCUUGCAUCCCAAUGAAUGCAGCAUUGUGGUGAUGCCAGGGAAAAUUGAGGUUCACGAGAUCUCUGCAGCACACUCGAAGCCCUUCCUGACGGACGGCGAUGAAAUCAUCCCGCCUACCACCAAAGCUCCCUUGAUUGCGGUCGAGCUAACGCCGCUGGUUCCUCUCCGCAAAUCGACAGCCAUUGAUAUCUCCAUUCGAUCCCCGCCCACGGCCGAAUCACGCAUCAAGAGCGGGAAUAACAUUAUGUUGCGGAGUCGCAAUGCGCAGGAAUGCGCGCAGCUCUAUGCGAUGAUCAACCACUCACGCAUCAACAAUCCUACCUACAUCGCUCUCCAGAAUGCACGAGGUCCGUAUGGCCAGUCAAGCUGGGCCGAGGUCAUGGACCGCCAGAACGCAUCUCGCCCGAAUCCUGGCGACAAGACCAGCUUCUGGACUGGCACACUUGGUCGCCGUAGCUCGUACCGCAAGACAACCACUCGCGCAGCCUCCAUCUCUGCAGCCACCGAAUCCUCCGUGGGCACAAUGAACACAGCGUUGCGCAGCGCGCUCGGCCGCUUCAGCUUCGCCAAAAAUGGGCGCUUCAACAUCAGAGGCUCGACCCUAGGGUCCCGCAGUCUCACCAGCUUCGACACCGGUUCGACCGGCUCCGGCCCAGGCUCAGGAUCCAGCACGCCCAACCCCGGCCGCGCACCCGGCGCCCCGGCAGGCAUAACAAACACUAAAGUGCGCCUCUACGAGCGCGAGACUCUAACUAAAUGGCGUGACAUGGGUGCCGCGCGCCUCACCAUCAUGCUGCCGUCUCUCGACCCGACCGCCUCGCCGUCGAACCCCCUCUCCCGCAGCCCCGGUACACGCAACCCCAGCCAGGAGAAGCGCAUCGUCGUGACGGGCAAGAAGGACCAAAGUACGCUACUGGAUGUGACGUUGAGUGAGAGCUGCUUUGAGCGCGUGGCGAGGAGCGGGAUUGCGGUAAGUGUGUGGGAAGACAUCAUUGGUGCCGAUGGGGUCGCGGGACGAGCGGCGCAGACGGGGGGUGUGAUGGGGAGUCGCGCGCGGGUGUUCAUGGUGCAGAUGAAGAACGAGCGGGAGUGCGCGUUUUGCUUUUCUUUGCUGGGUAAGAUGAGGUAUUAGGAAGACGACGUCUGUGGUGACGUAUGAGGAUGAGGGGAAAGGAGCAAGGUGGGUUGGUUGCUGCGAAGAAUCUUUUGGUGGAUAUACCUGCCUUCGGGCUUCUUUUUC